AUGGCGGAAGGGAGCAUUGGAAUGGUCUUAGCUCCUGACUAUUCAGACAAUAAAAGAAAAGGGAAAAAGAUUGAAAUUAUGAAUUCCAUUGAGUUUCCUUUACUUAAUCGAACAGCCGAAAUUUCAGUUAUUUCAACUACAUUAAAUGAUCUUUCAAAUUGGUCAAGACUCUCCAGUUUAUGGCCGCUUCUCUAUGGUACCAGUUGUUGUUUUAUUGAAUUUGCUUCACUAAUAGGAUCGCGGUUUGACUUUGAUCGUUAUGGACUAGUACCAAGAUCGAGUCCUAGACAAGCGGAUCUAAUUUUAACAGCCGGAACAGUAACAAUGAAAAUGCCCUCCUUGGUGAGAUUAUAUGAGCAAAUGCCCGAACCAAAAUAUGUUAUUGCUAUGGGAGCCUGUACAAUUACAGGAGGGAUGUUCAGUACCGAUUCUUAUAGUACUGUUCGGGGAGUCGAUAAACUAAUUCCCGUGGAUGUCUAUUUGCCGGGUUGUCCCCCUAAACCGGAAGCAGUUAUAGAUGCUAUAACAAAACUUCGUAAGAAAAUAUCUCGAGAAAUCUAUGAAAAUAGAAUUAGGUCUCAACAAGAAAAUCGAUGUUUUACAACCAAUCACAAGUUUCAUGUUGGACGCAGUAUUCAUACUGGAAAUUAUGAUCAAAGAUUCCUCUAUCAACCGCCAUCUACUUCAGAGAUCCCUACUGAAAACUUUUUCAAAUAUAAUUCAGUAUCUUCUCACGAAUUAGUGAAUUAG